UGUGUGUGUGUGUGUGUGUGUACGGGCACUUGGUGUACUGGGGGUUGAGGGGGACAGCAGCUAUUCAGCGUGAGUGGUGGGGCCACACACCUUGCAGCCAAAACAGGUGGCAGCCUAAAGUCGUGGCAAUCCGGUCCCUGCACUCGCAGAAUCCACACCCACACUGCACCUAACUCGGAGGGUGACUUAAGAGUGCUCCAGCUGAGGACGACGAGGAGAAGGAAAAGCCAGAAACUGCGAUGGGAGGGCGAGAGGCGGCGACGGUGGUGUUGGCGGCGGCCAUGAUCUGUUUGGUGGAUUUCCUGUCUCUCGCAUCAGCAGCUCGAGCCUCAACGUCCACCAGCGAGCAGCCUCAAACCAGCCCUCAGGAUUUUGAUCGCUUGGCUGAAAUCGAGAAAAAGGCGACGCAAGAGGAGGCGGACUUGCUCAACAAGACGAGAGAGGCGCUCCUCCGAGUGUCUCAGCUCAUCGGGAGCCCCGCUAAGGGCACAAAGUUGGACAAUGACGCUGAUGGAAAUGAGAGGGACGCGUGCCUUCUGAAGGAAGACACUUCCCCUGAAGCUGUUGCUGCUGCCUUCGAGGUCUUCACAAGGCGGCUCGAUCCUUCAAAAUCUGUGGCGACCCUGAACGACUCCCUCCAUCAGCUGCUGUGUUUUGAGCGCGUCCAGGCAAAGGUGUCACCGGGAACACCGUCUGUGAGGGAAGCAGCCUCGCCGCAGCGCCCUGCCGUCACCCGCUACAUUAAUGUGUUAUCAGAGCACCUGGACGACUGCCAACGCAGCCUUCACCUGCUGAACUACCGCUUCCCUGCCCCCCCACGCCCCCACGACCACCUCUCAGGAUCCUUGCUGACUUCAACAUUCGGCACCAAUGGAGUGGACAAAACCUUAUUCCCUUCGACAAUACUGAGUGAGAGGCAUACUGAGGAAGAACUGUCUCAGAACCUGAUUGACACCACCCACCAAUUGGCUAUCCUUAUCUCGGAAGCAGUGGGGGCGGACCUUGAGUUUGCAGCCGUAAAGAGUGCCAUCACUGUGGCAAAGGAGGCCCACACCCUAAUGACUGUCCUGAGACAAGUAAUUGAAAGUUCCGUAACAACCUCUAAUCCCUCAGAUUCAAAAACUGUUACUAUUCGCAUUUACUGCCAGAACAGAAAAGAUCAAGGCCCCAUGGGCGAAGUCGGUCAGAAAUUGCUUCGUGCAGUCAGCCAAAUAUCUGAACAACUGAUUAAUGCAAACGGGGUAACAGACAUAACAGCAGCCAGGGAGGAGCUGCAGUGUAGGGCGGAGAUUGCCAGCAAUUUCAACACUGCAAUAAAACGUUCUAUAAGUGUCCCAUUGAGAAGGACCCUGGUCAAUCUCAUCAAAGAAGUAAUCACUGGCCUAGAGGAUCUGACACACCACUUGGAAAAUAAAGAAGAACAGCUGGCUGCCCACAUUCUAGAAGCAGUUCACAAUAAAUCUGAAUUAGAAGAUAGUGUAAAUGAGGCGACAGCAAUCUAUCUGCAGCAUCACCAAGCAGAAGCACCUUCCCACACCAUCCAAAAGAACAAAAUCAAUGUCUUCCAUGAAGUUGAGCUGGAUCCCGGAUGCGGUAUCCAGGACGAAUGAAAAGGACAGCUUCAAUUAUACUUAACCCAGUAGCAGCAGGGACCAUGUUUCUUAAUGGUCCCUCUAAGCGAGAAAAAUUAGAAAAAAACAUCACUCACACAAACCAUUUUGUAAUAUAUAUCAAAGCAUUUGUGAUCAGUUUAUGCAUCAUCUAUUUUGGGGGGUUUAUAUCAUGGCACAAAUUUGGCCGUCGCUGCUACACGGUAAAGCCACGAAUUUGGCCCGUCGCUGCUACUGGGUUAAAAAACCUGGAAGGUUGAUCUGAUCCCUUCAAUUUCAAAAAGAAAAAUUGAAUUGGGUGACAUUAAGACAUUUAUUAAAUAACUGAUUACUAUUAUCCUUAAUUUUAGGUGUUCCUCAUUCCCUUCCCAAGACAUGUGAUACAGUGGAAAACUCUAACUUAACACUUACAUGUUCUCAGCCAAGACUUAACUUGAACUUUGUAGCCUUUCCUUAGACUACUGUCAAGAAUUCUCAUCUGUAUAAAAAAAGACCAACUGCUUAGCAUAACGAACAUGAUAAAGGCAUUAGGACAAUAGAAUGAUUCCAACUAUGCUUCAAAAUAACACAGACAUCCACAGCCAAACACAGUGGUGCACCAGCUAUUCUUAACCUUGUCAAAGUUUCUUUCCCAUUGUAACUAAACACAUAGUACAUCAUUAUAACCAUUACACCUAAGUAUUCUAAUUUCCACAUUUACAAAAAUAAUUAUUUUUAUUCUCUUAUGAUUAAAAUGCUAGUCAUAGAAAAGAACAGGUACAUAUAAUUCAAAUAAAACAAACUUUGUGAAUUAUUUUCCAACAUAAUGAAAACUGGAGAACAGGUACAAACACUAAAUAAAAAGUAACCCUAUAAAUUACUUUUCAACUCCAAUAAAACAUAAAG